AUGACGGAAAGAAUUGCAGCCAAAUGCCUGGAGUACAAAAUUGCGUUGUACUCACCUCAUACUUCCUUCGACUCUGUCAGAGGAGGUGUAAACGAUUGGCUGGCAGGCGCCUUCGAAACUUCGACGUGCAGACCUAUUCAACCUUCAUCGCAGAAUCUCCAGAACGGGAUGGGAAGAAUUUGCACUUUAAAAACUCCAAUAACUGAUCAAGAAGCAGUAAAUCUCAUCAAACGUCGAACUAAUUUGAGUUACGUGCGAUUGGCAAGAGUUCACAGUCCAGAUAAGAUGAUCAAAACUGUCGCAGUUUGUGCGGGUUCAGGCGCCUCAGUUCUGAAAAACGUUAGAGCUGAUCUUUAUGUCACCGGGGAAAUGCUUCAUCACGAUAUUCUGGAUGCAGUGCACAGUGACAUUGCUGUUAUUCUAACCAAUCAUUCUGACUCUGAGAGGGGAUUUCUGCAGGAGUUCUCGGGAAUUCUUGGGAAUUCGCUGGGAAGUGAGGUCGUGAUCGACGUAUCGAAGACUGAUAGAGAUCCUCUCAUGACUUUGUAAAAACUUUUUCCAACGAAUAAACUUUUUUCAAAGCUAA